UAAGCUGGCAAAAAACACUUUUCUUCCAAAGCCAUAAGCUAGCAAAGAUCGAAAUCUUUCUAGAGCCAUAAAAAUCACUACAAGAUAACUAAUAAACAAUUUACAAGAAAUUCUAAACCAAUGCCAAAAGACAAGACAUAAGUGUGGGAGUAGCCUUGAUGAUUGAAUUCCAAGGUGUAAAGCACAUCGAUCUCCAAACGAAGGAUAUAAACAUAUCGAAGAAACUUCAGAGAAACAGGUAGAUGACCUGGAAUAGACUUCUAUCCAAAGAGCCAAAACAUAAGGAUGCAGGAUCCUCAAAGUUCGUGAAACAAAGAAAGUCGAUUCUUACAUCAGUCCAUCCAUAUAGUAACACAAGUGAGCCCAAAUGGAUCUUUAAGAGAGACCGGAUGAAAACUCUGAAAACACACCAAACUAAAGCUGCUCCGCAUGAACUUACACACAAACAAGGCGUAUGAGAACUCCUAUAAAGCAUACAUGAACCAAUGAUGGAAUGCUACGAUGGAAGGAAGAAGAAACCUCUGAUGCCUCUGGACUACCAAAUCAAACCCAAACAAUGGAAGAACCCACAUUUGAACCAACAAAGUACUACCACUGUGAACCUGAAACCAGAUAAGCUAACACUGACAAUCCAAACCAAGCAGAGGAACAUCCACGGAAACAGAGCAACAACACAAAAGCUCAAACGAGCAUAAAACCUAUGAGAAAUCCAUCACAGUUAAACACAGAUCACAAUACUGAACAUACCAGCAGCAAACACACACACCAUUACAAAAAUAAACCAAAACACUACAAACCAUAGAAACCGAAGACGAAGACUAACAAUCCAACGACACUGCAAGGGACACCUUCGAACCAGACUCAAACCCAUUAGUUCUAUAGUUAGCUUCACCAACCAUAACUCUACCAUAUCCAAACGCCAUAACCGUCAGAGGAGAUUCGUCACCAACCACCACGGCCGAGACUUAUUUACUUGUCAGAGGAGAGUUCAAAAAAGUAUUUUCACAACUCAACGAAGAUCGCCGUCCGGAAAAAACCUAAGAUCCAGAAGAUGAAGCUGUUGGCCGCUGUUCACGUGUGAGAGUGAUAAAUUAUGCUCAAGAAUCUAAAACUCAUUAUUAUUAGCAGUUAAGAUGUGUUUUGAUUAGCAGACAAAAACUACCGUAGGAUUAGAAAUAGUAUUUGUAAUUUUUACAAAAAGUGACUUACGUAUUUUCUGAUAUUUGUAAAAAGGAAAUGAAUGUAAAAUUAUUUUUAAGCAAUAACUAGACAGAGUUAAAUAUUUUGCUUACAGAUAGACAACUAUUUGAAAACUAGUUUUAAUUUCUCAAAAGGUUUGAUUGGAUUACAAAAACCAGAAAUUAUUCCAAAAACUAGAAACAAUCUAAGGCCUUAAAUUUUUGUUCUAUAAUAAAAACUCAAUCAUACCAGAUUAACUCCGGUCUAAUCAUUUUGAUCCACAACCUAAAAGAUUUUUUUUUCCAGUUCGGUUAUCAAUAUUUGGUUAGUAGUUAGUUGUCUGGUAUAUGUUUCGAAGUACUGUACUUGUCCCAUUACUUUAUAAAACCAAUCUUGUGCUUACUUUCACCUCGUUCUUUUUUAAUCUCCUCCCGACCGGACCAAGUUUAAUCUUUAGGGUAAAAAGUCGCCACCGGUUCCGCCUCCUUCUCCGCUUCUCUCGCAGACCAUUCCACAUCUAUGUCUCAGGUAGACAACAGAAACUCGUCAGCUGCUAAGCGUGCUAGAACUGACGGGGGACGCAGAGAAGAUGAUUGGACCUGUCCCAGUUGUGGCAAUGUCAAUUUUUCAUUCAGGACUACUUGCAAUAUGCGUAAUUGCACUCAGUCUCGACCUGCUGAUCACAAUGGAAAGUCUGCUCCCAGACCUAUGCAACCACAUCAAAGUUUCUCAUCACCAGGACGAUAUUUAGGAUCCGGGGCUCCCUCUCCAGUGCUUAUGGGCGGCUCCCCAUAUGGGUCCUCUCUCUUUAACGGCUCGUCUAUGUCUCCUUAUGACGUCCCCUUCUCUGGGGGCUCGCCUUAUCAUUUUAACUAUAAUAGCCGAUUUCCUCCUGCUGGGCCUCAUUACAGACCGUUCCAUAUGUCUGGCCCACCUUCGCCGUACCAUGGUCGGUCUAUGAUGGGAAGUGGUAUGUAUGGAAUGGCUCUACCACCCAUGGACAGGUUUGGCUUUGGGAUGGCCAUGAGUCCUGCUGCUGCAGCCGCUAUGAUGCCAAGACCAGGAGGGUACUUUGCAGAUGAAAAAUCACAAAAGAGAGAUUUGUCUCGUGAGAAUGAUUGGGCAUGUCCGAACUGUGGUAAUGUAAACUUCUCGUUCAGAACUAUGUGUAACAUGAGAAAGUGCAACACUCCAAAGCCUGGGCCCCAGCAGUGUGGAAGCUCAGACAAAACCUCCAAUCAAAAGGCACCGGAAGGGAGCUGGAAGUGUGACAGCUGUGGGAACAUAAACUAUCCGUUCAGGAGCAAAUGCAACAGGCAAAACUGUGGAGCUGAUAAACCAGGGAAUCAGUCUAACGAAUCUCCUUCCAAUGCGCCAGAAGAUAACGAUAAGGUGUGUCAUGCGAUGUAUCUGUGCGAUCACAUUUACAUGUUAAUAAACUGUUUGCCUCUAAAACUUGCAUAUGUAACAGCCUGUGUAGAUUUCUUGUCUUGUGAAAGCAGCGAUUAUUUGCUUAUGAAAAUUUAUGCAAUCUUUGUUAGAUCUCUGACUAUGUUAGAUAUUUUGGAUACCCAAUUUAGAGGAAGGAUGUCUAAAGGUCUCUGAACGGUGUGUGUUUUAAAUUUUUUGUGGUAUG